AUGGCAAAAUUAGUUGUUCAACCAUUUCUUCAUAUAUGGGAUUGUGGUGGUCAGCCAGUGUUCCUUGAGAUUCUCCCAGCCUUCCUCACUCCUCGCACAAUGUUUCUCCUCCUGUUUGAUGCUUCAAAGGAUAUCAAGGAAAGAUGGCAGUCACGUCAGAAUACUCCUGAUGGUGAAAUGCUGUUUGAUGAGGUAGUGAAUGAAAGCACGAGUGAUCUAAUGGCCAAAUGGAUGUCUACAAUACACAGUCACCUCGUGAAGCACAACAAAGAUGAUACUUCUCCUAGUCUCUAUUGUAUUGGCACUCGUGGUGACAAGCUAAAAGCAAAAUGGAAGAGAAAUCAAGUAAAGAAGCAAAUCCAGUUUCUGUUUGAGAAGAAAGAGUUCUCAGAUCUUAUUAAAGAUGUGCUAAUCAUUGAUAAUACGACCUCAGGCAGAGGUGAAAAAGAAGAUCCAAGCAUAAAAAAAUUACGCAAAGCUAUUGGUGACUUUAUUGAAAAGUUAGUUGUUCCAACACCUGUCAAUUGGGUUCUUUUUCGUAAAGCUUUUCAAGAGCUAAAGCAGAAUGUCAUUAGUGUAUCUGAUGCUAUUGCCAUUGGAGUGGCAUGUCAUAUACCAGCAACUGAUGUUCCUGAAGUAUUGAAAUUCUACCAUGAGCUGGGAGCUGUACUAUACUAUCCUCAAAUAGAAUGUCUGAAGAAUAAAGUAAUUCUCAAUCCAAAAUGGUUUGUUGAUACCAUUGGGAAGGUAUUCACACUAGAAGGAUGUGAAGAAGGAUGGAGUGGAACAAGAAGAUGGUAUGUGUUAAGAAAUAAUGGUGUUCUUGUUCAACCACUCUAUCAAGAAGUAUGGCAGUCAAGUGGUAUUGAUCCAGAAGAAAUAAUUGAACUUUUAGUUCAUUUUCGUCUUGCAGCUCAAGUUCAAACUGAGCUUUAUGAUAGCAGAUUCAAGCAGUAUUUUCUUCCAGCAGUGCUACCAGGAUACACAGGCGAUCCUAAUGAAGUACGACCUGGUUUUAAGCUAAGAGCCUCACCUGUGCACAUUACAUUCUCCACUGGAUAUGUACCUCCUGGCUUCUUCACUCGUUUAGCAACUGCUGUUGCUACUAAUGCCAAUGUUGAGCUCAAUUUUGAAAGUGAUUAUACUUAUGCUGUACCUGCGUCUGGUUUCUUUAAUCAACUACUGAAUCGAACCUCUAAAGUUGAAAUAAGAAGUAUUUAUCGUAAUCGUGUCUGCUUCUCAUAUGGUCAUCCUUCUGAUGAUUUUGUUCUCACUGAUGUUAAUAAAGCUAUUCAAAUUGAUGUGUUGCGAUAUGCCCCUGAGAGUAGUCAUCCUGUUUCUCUCAAAUUAGUUUGUCAAAAAAUAUUGAAGUUAUUGGAUGAAUGUUGCCAAAAGGUUGAAAAAACUCUUCACCAUGGUCACAAUCCUCAUCAAUCAUCAAGAAGAAUACAAUACGUUUGUCAGUGCAGUCCUUCCAGUGACAUCCAUUACAUUCAAGACAUCGGCGCUGAAAAGACAAGCUCUGAUCCUGUUUACUGUAAAAUGGAAAGAAUUCCUCGUUCCUUAACCAUCAAGGAGUCACUGUGGUUCAAGGAAGAAAGAAAAAAUUUAGAAAAAGAGACUCCACCAGCAUUGAAAGAUGCUAAUAAUGAUGAUACUAUUCCAAAGACUAAAUCAGCAAAUGAGGCCAGUCACUCUUCAAUUACUCAGAUCAGCAAGUCCAAAGAUGAUCAACAAAAAGUUUUAUUGAGUAUCAGGAAUCUAGCAGAGAUAUUGGAAGUGUUAAAAGAUGGUCACUUUCAAACUACUAAAUGGAUUGAUCUUGGUCUCCACUUGGGUCUGUUUUACGAUGAUCUCAAGACAAUUGAGACUAGAUACAAUAGAGAUCCUGACCAAUGCCUUAGAGAAUGUUUAGCAUCAUGGCUGAAAGGUAGCUUUGAAGCAACAUGGGACAGAUUAGCUAUUGCUGUUGGUAAAGUAGGAGAGACAACAGCUGCUACUUAUAUAAGAUCAAGAAAAGAACUUAAAUAAUGUAUCAAUUUUAAAAUGAGCAUUGGAAUUAUUUUAGUGGUUGCUAUUUUUCUAUUAAUUUACUGCUGGUAUACAUGUAUUAUUUUCAUUUAUUUAUGCACUGGAAUGUUUUAAGUA